CUGAAACCAAGUGACAAGCACUUGAGCAACUUGUCAGUGAGCUUACAGACGUGGUGUUGUGACAGACAUGUCGUCCAGCAGGGAAGUGGUGUUUCGGGCCUUGGAGACGCCGCUGCUCUACCUCGGUGCUUUGACCGCAGCCUGGUUCACUCUGUGUUCCGUGUGCCGGCUGGUGUCCGGGUUCAAGGUGUGGGUGCUGGGCAACGGGCGACUCGUAUCUCCUACGAAAUUGGGCAAAUGGGCAGUUGUGACAGGAGCCACAGAUGGGAUUGGAAAAGCCUACGCAGAGGAGCUUGCUCGCAGAGGCUUUGCUAUUGUGCUGAUCAGCCGCUCUCAGGAGAAGUUGGAUGAAGUGUCCAAGGCAAUCGAAAGCAAAUGUGGUGUGGAGACCAAAACCAUCGCAGCAGACUUUAGUACUGUGGAUAUCUACUCCAGGAUUGAAGAUGGACUUGCAGGGCUGGAGAUUGGCGUGUUAGUGAACAAUGUUGGAAUAUCCUACUCUUACCCUGAAUUCUUCCUCGAGCUCCCCAGUCUCGACAGAUUCAUUGACACAAUGAUCAACAUCAACAUAACAUCGGUGUGCCAGAUGACGCGUCUUGUUCUACCUGGAAUGGCGGAGAGGAGGAAGGGGGCCAUCCUAAACAUCUCAUCUGCCAGCGGGAUGUACCCUGUUCCUCUUCUUACUGUCUACUCUGCCUCCAAGGCAUUUGUGGACUUCUUUUCACGGGGACUUCAAGCUGAAUACAAGAACAAGGGCAUCGUCAUCCAGAGUGUUCUUCCAUUUUUUGUUGUAUCAAAGCUGAGUAAAAUCCGACGGGCUACACUGGACAAGCCCAGUCCAGAGCGCUAUGUUGCAGCCGAACUCAACACUGUGGGGCUACAGACCCAGACCAAUGGCUACCUACCUCAUGCCAUAAUGGGUUGGGUGACUACAGUUCUGCUUCCUGCCAAGAUCCUUAACAUCUAUGUGAUGAGGAUGGGGCUGUCCCAGCGCUCUCGUUACCUCAAGAAACAGAAGCAGGGAUAGAUAGAUCGGCCGUAACAGACAGAAGGAACCAGGAGUUAACGACUUGUCCGACCACCACCCGCCAUCAUCGUAAUCAUCAUCAUGGACCAAUAAGAGGAAAUGUGACAGUUUCUGAGCAACGUCUCAGUUUCUCUCUCUCUACUACUACUACUCAUAGGUGAUAUGAUGGUCACACUUGCCUUUUGAUGUUGAAUCCAAACAUUUUUUUAACAAACUUUUGCUCUUUGUGUGAGUGAUGAGCUGUAAUGAACAGAACACUAACCCUAUAAUUAAUUUUCUUUUUUCAAUUCUAAUGAUCUUUACGGGACAAGGCUUGAAUGUCUGAGGUUUGAGGGCUCUGUAUGUUUCUUAUUGAAAAAUGGGCGAGCUUAAUGCUGUUUAGCGGGUCUCUGGGCGAUGGCACUUACUGUCAACACUUUCUGAAGCACUGGAAAGAUUGUGUUAUCAAGAUUUCUUUUUGUCAUGGACGACAAAUUGAGAUCUGGUACCAGCAUGGAGGGAGACGAUAUGGAAGGAAAUUGAAAUGUGUGUCAGUUUACAUACAAAAUUACUGAUGAUGAUGAUGAUGAUAAUAAUAAUAAUAAUAAUAAUAAUAAUAAUAAUAAUAAUAAUAAUAAUAAUGAUGAUGAUAAUAAAAAAAUUAAUCAACAUCUGUCUUUACUGCUUUGGAUACAAUUCUUUCAGGAUGCAUUUGAGCCGGUUAUCAUUAAGUGAUGUGCUGCAUAUGCUCAUCUCAAUCGUUUCAUGUGCUGAAAUGGAUUGACUGAAAUGUUAAACCAAACCGAAUGUGCAGAUGAGACACACUGAUGGAACAUGUCUUUAACUUUCCCUCUUGAGAACUAUGUUGACUUGCUGUGUCACUUGUCUUGGCUGUGAUACCAGCUUUAAGUUAUUUACUUUAUCAAUCCUAAUUUAAAAAAAAAAGUUCUUAACCAUUAGCAUAUACUGACUGUAAAGGUGCAGCAGCUGGGGACCAAAUUGAGUUCAACGGGGUAUUUGUAUUAUGUGUUUAAUACCUUGGAAGCAUGUAAAGCAGAACAUCUGGUUGUUAUUGUCCUUCCUGUCUUUACAAUAAAUGUGAUUUUCUAAUAACUUCA